AUGUCGUACAACCCGCAAAGAAAGCCCGUUGUCGCCGUCGCCCGCGAGCUUGUCUCGCACGGGGGCAUCCAAGCGGACCUUGGCCAGGAUACGGCAAGAUACUACAGCACCGACCUACGCGAGGAAGAAGACGUCAACUCCAGCUUCCGGAAAAUUCGCCACGAGCUCGGAAGCGUACAGGUGCUUGUCUACAACGCCGGCGCACGUCGCGUCAACGGGCGCUCAAUCCUGGACACGACAGCAGAGGAAUUCGAGAGCUUCACCAAGAUUAAUCUCUUGGGCGCGUUUUGGUCGACGAACUUGUCGCCCGGCAAGUCUGUGCUUCGGGCGCUGGCACAGAUUGUGACGCGGGAGUAUCAGAGCCAUGGCAUCCACGCAGCUCAUGUAAUUGUUGAUGGGGGCGUUGAUGGCAAGUUGAUUGGCGGCGUGCGUCGACUGUGGGAACGCGCGGGUGACGAGAAGCUGGGCGAUGUCGAGGCUCAUUUCAUGCAGCCUGUUGAUCUGGCUAGGAUUUAUUAG